UCUUCUACUCUACUUCUAUACUAUUAAUUAUCAGUAGAUUUAUAUAGAUCUAGUGACAUAGUAUGAUAGUGUGUCUCUGUCUCUACUGACUCUUACUCUAGCCUAACUCUAGGCUAGGUAGGGCAGUAGUCCUAAGUCUAUGCCAAGAUCUAGAGACUACAGAGCUAUACUAAUAGAAUUUAAAAUUAAAACUACUAUAUUAUUAGAGACAGAGUCAGUAGACUAGGACUAGAGUAACUAGUCUAGACUAUCUAGACUGGCUAGAGAUAAGAGAGAGAGAGCAGAGAUUCUAGAUCUAAAUCUUGGACAAAAAAAAAGGGCUGUGAGGUUUAUCUCAUUCUCAAGAAGAUAACUGCCCUAGUCCAGCCAACUUAAGAAAACUACAGUACAGUCACCAAAUUUAAUGAGGAUGAUUGCAGUUUCUUUAGUAAAAAUUUAAUUUUAGAUGAAAUAAUAGUUUAAGUAAACUGGUAUAGAUCUAUUAAUAAAGAAUUAAAUAAAAAUAAAAAUCCAAGGUUUGAUAAACAGAGAUAGUUCACAUAUAACAAAUGUUUCAAUUGAGUCCACCACUAAUAAAUUUGAGGAAUUCAUACAAACCAAAUAGCAAGUUGUUAAAAACUUUUGAAACCCAUGCCAUGGUUCAACUUUGAACUACAAAAUGCUCUUUGUAGCUUUUUUUUUUAAAUAGUAACAUCUAAGGCCCUUCUUCUGGAAAAAUGCAGAACAGAACAAUGCCAACUAAUAACUCAAAAAUGUUACUGGACUUGAAAUAUGCUGUACUAGAAAGAAGAAGGGCUCAUCUACUGUGUAGAAUGAAGAAGUUCAUGGAUUGGAAUAAUUACAAUGUGUAGUUUUGAAUAGCUUGAAACAAAGAUACGUAUACAGCCAUGUUUCAUUCAUCUCACAUUCAUAUGCCAAAUCGGCAUCGCCAGAGGACUGCUCUCCGAACCUUCUUCCCAUCCUCUUCAUUUAGUCCGCCUGAUUCAAAAGAACCAUUGCGUAGAGGAAUUCUGUUUUCCAGUGUUGCAACAGUUUUGUUGCUAGUAGGAGCAAUUCUCACUUGGUUAGGUUUCAAUGAUGUGUUUGGUGGUAAAAUUUCUAUGACUGGACCAUUGCUCAUUGCAUUAGCAUUGCUCAUGUUGCUGUUGUCCUUUCGUCAGUUUAUGUUGGCACGCAAGAGAAACAGGACAACUAAUGUUCAGAUGGAAACUAUGAAUUCAGGCAACGGCAUACCAGCAGGUACAGAUCAGGAAGAUAUGAAUGGAACUGCUACUAUAGUUGUUGAAUCAUGGGAUACUGAUGAACCUAAUGUUGACCCAGUUAGGAAUCCUGAUGAGUUAGCUCCCCCUUCAUACAUGGAUAUAGCUCAGAGCUUCAAUAGCAAUUGUCCAAGUUUCUUUAGCCAUGAUGACCACAAUGAAGCACCCCCAACCUACGAGGAAACAUGUGCUGGGCUGAACACUUAUGGCAGUGAGACUAGUUUGACUCAGUUAAGCUCAAGGCAUAAUGAGUUAUCUCCUUCUCCUCGGAGGACUGGCCAGCAAGGAUUUUUUCAGAAUGAUCCCUCAUUUGUCAGUGGCAUCAUCAAACAGCCACGAAGAUCAUCUAACACGCUUUGCCCAAGCACAGCUGUUUCACUAAGUCAGAAACAUGGUGAAAACACCAUAGCUAGUCAGCAGAACACAAAACCUCUGCCCUCUUCUACAGACAUUGUCUCUGAAAAUUCCCUGUUUUUACCACCUAGUUUGCCCACAGUAGUUUCUAGUCCAGAGACCAGCAAAGUCUCAGAAGAAGGCAAAGACCUUAUUUCCCAGUGGUCAAGAAGAUCUUUUUCUUCUAUCCCAUCAUACACUUGUCUUCUGAGUGAAUCAGGGGAGGUCUCUGCUCAUGUGUAUAACACCUCAUCCAUCAUUGAGGAGAUGAUGCCUACCGAGGACUCAGUUCCACAGGGAUCUUCCAACCUACCAACUCGUUCUCAUUCUAUGUCUUCUGUGCAUGUACUACGCCAGGGUGUGCCAUAUGGUAAUCUCAGCCCUACCCAAACACAACAGUCGAACCAGUCUUGCAUGUGUCCCCAUCUCCCACAUCAACCUGAUGAACACGCUCCAUCAGCUGCAAUGGAGAUCUUGUCCCCCGUCUCCAACUUGAACUCUUCUAGCCCCAAGCUCAACAGCCCUACAUAUUAUCCACACCUGAGAAAAACAAGUGAUUCAAAUAUAUUAGAUUUAUUGGGGAGUCAGCCUGGCUGUACUGGCCAGCAAAGGCAUUUCACAGAAUUCCAUUCCACCUCCUCCUUAGGGAAUUAUCAAACAGUUGAUUUGCAAGAUUCACCAUUGUAUUUAGGAUAUACUAAUGAGCAGCAAGGAAAUUCUGUGAAAGAAAACCAAAAGAAAACAGAAUCUCAACAGUCCAUUGGUCAUGGCAAUGUUUUAGAUGUACAAGAAACAAUAUAAUCAUCUGUAUUACACAUUCAACAGUCAUUGUUCAUCUCUUUUUUUCCCAUUGACAAGUCUCUAUUUUUUUUUGAAUUAGUUAAGUAAACUUCCCUUUUAAAAUCUAACAGCUGUUGAUUUCAUCUAUUUUAGUGACAAAUAGUUUUCAAGGGUUUUAUACAGCCACAUUUAUGAACUGGCUGCUCCCAGGACCUUCUUUAAACCUUAGUUGAAAAUCAAACUCACAACCCAAACCUACAAGACCUUCAGCUGGGAAGCCAGUCGCUCAGCCUUUUUGGCCAAUAAGUUCUUUAUCAGCAGGUGAUUUACCUUAUUUGCUCACCAAACUUUAUUAUUCAGUCCUCUAUAAGUUUUGAAGUAAAUCUUAUUUCUUUUGGUUUCAGUUAGCUAUAAAGUGUUGGUUCAAUAGCUUUUACACAUUUUAUCCGUCAAAUUUUGUAUUUGCUUAGUUUUAAUUUGUUAGUUGGCUCUAGUUUUCUAAAGAUGUCAAGUUUUGUUUUCUGCAUACUGAUAAGUUCAAUUCCUAAAUCAACUUCUCUUUUGAAAAUCUGAAAUUUGAUAUAACUGUCUCAAAAUUAAAGUAAUUCUUUUUUUUUAAUUUGUAUAUUUUGGAACAUGUAUUUUAAUUAAUUAGAGGCUUAAUUUAUCUUUAAAAAAACAAAGAAAAAGAAUUUUUUCAAAUGUAUGGUGGAAAGGAAGUGAUACCACAAAAGGAGAGACAUUUUUUAGGUUUUCUAACUCAAGUAUAGCUCUGUAAAUUUAUUUCUGAGUCAAAGCUAUAAUAGUUAAACAAAUUAUUAUGAAGCCUUGCUUGUAUGAGUUCUUUUAUUUUGCUCAGUUAUUCAUGACAUUAACUAAUAAUAAAAAAUGGCAAGUUUUGUCAAUUGGAAUCAGUAAGUAUGGAAAAAAGCUGAGACCAGCCUACUCUGUGAAAAUUGAUUAGACCAGCCUAUUCUGUGAAAAUGGCUGUGACCAGCCUACUGUGUGAAAGUUGCUGAGACCAGCCUACUCUGUGAAACUUAAUUAGACCAGCCUACUCUGUGAAAAUUGAUUAGACCAGCCUACUCUGUGAAAGUUGCUGAGACCAGCCUACUCUGUGAAAAUUGAUUAGACCAGCCUACUCUGUGAAAGUUGCUGAGACCAGCCUACUCUGUGAAACUUAAUUAGACCAGCUUACUCUGUGAAAGUUGCUGAGACCAGCCUACUCUGUGAAAGUUGCUGAGACCAGCCUACUCUGUGAAAGUUGAUUAGACCAGCCUACUCUGUGAAAAUUGCUGAGACCAGCCUACUCUGUGAAAGUUGAUUAGACCAGCCUAUUCUGUGAAAGUUGCUGAGACAAGCCUACUCUGUGAAAGUUGAUUAGACCAGCCUACUCUGUGAAACUUAAUUAGACCAGCCUACUCUGUGAAAGUUGCUGAGACCAGCCUACUCUGUGAAAGUUGCUGAGACCAGCCUACUCUGUGAAAGUUGCUGAGACCAGCCUACUCUGUGAAAAUUGAUUAGACCAGCCUACUCUGUGAAAGUUGAUUAGACCAGCCUACUCUGUGAAAGUUGAUUAGACCAGCCUACUCUGUGAAAGUUGCUGAGACCAGCCUACUGUGUGAAAGUUGAUUAGACCAGCCUACUCUGUGAAACUUAAUUAGACCAGCCUACUCUGUGAAAGUUGAUUAGACCAGCCUACUCUGUGAAAGUUGCUGAGACCAGCCUACUCUGUGAAAGUUGAUUAGACCAGCCUACUCUGUGAAAGUUGAUUAGACCAGCCUACUCUGUGAAAGUUGAUUAGACCAGCCUACUCUGUGAAAGUUGAUUAGACCAGCCUACUCUGUGAAAGUUGCUGAGACCAGCCUACUGUGUGAAAGUUGAUUAGACCAGCCUACUCUGUGAAACUUAAUUAGACCAGCCUACUCUGUGAAAGUUGAUUAGACCAGCCUACUCUGUGAAAGUUGCUGAGACCAGCCUACUCUGUGAAAGUUGCUGAGACCAGCCUACUCUGUGAAAAUUGAUUAGACCAGCCUACUCUGUGAAAGUUGCUGAGACAAGCCUACUCUGUGAAAGUUGAUUAGACCAGCCUACUCUGUGAAAGUUGAUUAGACCAGCCUACUCUGUGAAAGUUGCUGAGACCAGCCUACUGUGUGAAAGUUGAUUAGACCAGCCUACUGUGUGAAACUUAAUUAGACCAGCCUACUCUGUGAAAGUUGAUUAGACCAGCCUACUCUGUGAAAGUUGCUGAGACCAGCCUACUCUGUGAAAGUUGCUGAGACCAGCCUACUCUGUGAAAGUUGAUUAGACCAGCCUACUCUGUGAAAGUUGCUGAGACCAGCCUACUCUGUGAAAGUUGAUUAGACCAGCCUACUCUGUGAAAAUUGAUUAGACUAGCCUACUCCGUGAAAGUUGCUGAGACCAGCCUACUCUGUGAAAGUUGAUUAGACCAGUCUACUCUGUGAAACUUAAUUAGACCAGCCUACUCUGUGAAAGUUGAUUAGACCAGCCUACUCUGUGAAAAUUGAUUAGACUAGCCUACUCUGUGAAAACUGAUUAGACCAGCCUACUCUGUGAAAAUUGAUUAGAUCAGCCUACUCUGUGAAAAUUGCUGAGACCAGCCUACUCUGUAAAAGUUGCUGAGACCAGCCUACUCUGUGAAAGAUGCUUUAUUUGUAUUCCCUUAUGAUGCAUAUAUCCAAAGUUGGGGCAGAUUUUUGCUAAACAAUUUAUUUGCCUCAGUAGAAACUUCCAAGACAAAUGAAUGAAUGCAUUGUCCUAUUCUGUUUUUCAUUUUGAAUUGGUUGUUAUUACUAAAACAAACAUUUGUUUCUUCCUCUGAUCAUGGGCAAGUCUUUUGUUUAUUCAUAGCUUUUGUCUUAGUCUCUUAGCUUGCAACUGAAAUUAAUAUUUCUCCUUUUUAGUUAUGACAAAUAAGUUGACCAAUAAUGUAACAGAAAUCAUAUUUACACUAAGACAUAUGAAUUUAUACCCCCAUCAGACAGUAUUUGGAAAAGCUUCUUAACUUUUCAUUCUUAAACAAUGAGGGGACGUUGAAUUAGCCUGAUUGUGUACAAGAGAUGUAGUUUUAGGUGUGGAAACUUUCUUUCACAAGGUCAUUGCUUAUAUCAUGGGAAUUAGAGCCAACUUUCAUUUUUACUGUUAUUUUCAUCCUAAAAUCCUUGUACAAGGCACAGCUGAUUUUAUGCUCAAAUUAAGUUAUAAACGUAUUACAUUAAUUAUGACUAGAUUACAAAUCAAACAUCUAUUGUUUAAUUAUAAAUGUAUUUUGAUUCCUUCUAUACAUACACUUAAAUUUUUAUUUUAAACCAACGAACCUUUACUCCCCCUCCCUUUGUGUUUGUAAAAAGAAUAUUUUUUUUUCUUCUUUCACACAACUGUUUGGGACUAUCUCAGCCAUAUUGGCUUUAUUAGUCAAAUUUGUAAAGAAAAACUUUUGCCAAUACAUUUGUAUGCAGCUGGUUUUGAAAUAGUGUAAAAUAGAAGGUCAGUUUAUGGAUUAUGAAAAUGUAUAUUAAUGUUCAAACCAUUUUUUUCUUUGGAAUGUUCUGUCGUUAAUUUUGUUAGAAAUGUGAAAUUGUUGUGAGCAUCAAUUGCGCAGAGCUCAUUUUUUUAAAAUUUUACAUUUUUUCAAUGCAUUAAUUAUAUUUUGCCUUCAGACCUUUAUUAUAAAGUCAUUUAGAGGUCAGUAAAACUAAAAGUCACUUUAUAGACUAUUCAAGAUAUUUGCCAUUAUAAGAAAAAAAGAUUAUGAUUAGAUUUGUUUAAAUGUCACACCUUGCUUUGUUUUGUUAUAAAGCAAAAACAAGAACUGUUUGUAAUUAUGAAAAAAAAAAGAAGAAACUAAUUUAAAUAAUUAUUGUUUUAUUGAUUUUAAAGAUUAUUACUACAGUGUUGAGGGCAAAGAAGUGGGUGUGUUGAGGGCAAAGAAGAGGGUGUGUUGAGGGCUAAGAAGAGGGUGUGUUGAGGGCUAAGAAGGUGUGUUGAGGGCAAAGAAGAGGGUGUGUUGAGGGCUAAGAAGAGGGUGUGUUGAGGGCAAAGAAGUGGGUGUGUUGAGGGCAAAGAAGAGGGUGUGUUGAGGGCAAAGAAGAGGGUGUGUUGAGGGCUAAGAAGGUGUGUUGAGGGCAAAGAAGAGGGUGUGUUGUUGAGGGCUAAGAAGAGGGUGUGUUGAGGGCUAAGAAGGUGUGUUGAGGGCUAAGAAGAGGGUGUGUUGAGGGCUAAGAAGAAGGUGUGUUGAGGGCUAAGAAGAAGGUGUGUUGAGGGCUAAGAAGGUGUGUUGAGGGCUAAGAAGAGGGUGGUGGUUAUUUAUUUUUUUAUACACUGGAAAAUCAAACUUCUAUUGAAUCAAACUACCUUUCAUAGCUAUCUAUGCAAGCUAGAGAUGUGGUUAGAUUUAAGAUAUUCAAGUCUUGUAGCUUAAUUAAUGACUUAUCAGUACAUUAUAUUUUAGCAGUUUUCCUGACCUGAAUGGAUUCAUUAUCAACUUGGUCAGUAAUGAAAAGUUUUUGGUUACUGUAUUUUUCCAUUCCUUCAUUUAAAAAAAAGUGUUCAAAAAUUUUUAUUUUAAAAACCUAAAAUAUAAAAUGACAAAAAUAAGAUUUCUUAAGUAUAAAAUAUUAAUGUUGAAAUGACAUUUUUUUUUUAAACAGCAUAUUAAUUUAUACAUGAAGAAAAACAUGUUUCUAUUUUUUGUGUGUGUAGAAAAACCCAAAUUUACAUUGGCUGUUUAUUUCAACAUUUAAAAAAAAUUCUACUACGUUCUCUGGUUUUAGUUUUGGUAGAAUUUAGUGGUUCCCAACCUUUGAAGGAGAUGUGCUCUUUUUUUUUUUUUUUCAAAAAUGAAAUUUGUAAAAAAAAAAAUUGUUGCUUAGUAAAAAGAAUUAUAUUCUAACGCAUUUAGUUUUUUUUGUUUUUUUUAAACGGCAUCUACAUUUGGUCAACAUAAAAUCUUCCUGGCCUAAAAUGGAGUUCCAAUUAGUGAUAAUAGCUGUACAAAUUGUCUUUGUUGUCAUUAACCAGUUGAAUUGAAGACGAUACAUAUUCACCCAGCUACAUAGCACUGAGGUAUAAACCUGUAUAUAACACUAAGGUAUAAACCCUACUAUGUAGCACUUACGUUGUGUCACUCUUUUCCUGGUGUAUGCAUUAUAAAAAUAUGAUAUUUCACAUGUAUCAAUAUUUCAAUACUUUUGGAUUGAGAUACAAAACGUCAAAGUUUGUCUCAUUUUGGACUUUGAUCUGCAUGCUAAUAAAUGAUUGAAAAACAAACAAGGUUAAAAAUGGUAGAAAAUUACACCACGGUUGUUUUUUUCAUCUAAUAAAUCAGUAGAUCAUCUUAUUUCUAGUUGUUUAUUGUUUCUUCAAGAUAAUAUUUCAAUAAGAGGUGAUGUUAAUAAUUCAUCAUUGCUGAUGAAUCAAAGAAAGCCAGCAUCCUUGUCAGUGUGUAACUAAUAUUUUUAACUCCAAAAACUGUUCAUUAAUUUGAUCAGUGGAUUAAACAUUGUAGUGAAGAAAAGAAUCUUGUUUUUUUUUUUUUAAAUUGAUGUAUUGAUUUAGUCAUUUGUUGAUGCCAUGUUCAAAUCACUGUAGUGUUCAUGUGUAGAUUCUUAAGCUUGUUGUGCUAAGUUUUCAUCAAUUGGUUGCCAAAAAAACAAAAAAAAUAUACACAAAGUUUAAAUUUUUUUUUUGUUUGUUUUGUUUGCUUGUUAGUUAUGGCUGUGACCUUGGUACAUUGUACCACACAAAAUAUUUUGAUUUUUUGACUUGAGAUUUAUUUAUUUAUUGAAGCUCUACUAAUUGAUGUUUGAUAUUAUAUAUACAUGUAUUAUGAUUCAAGAUCUAUUUAAAUGUUGUUUAUUCAAACACAUAUUUAUUGGAGAGACAAAGUUCUGUCCACUAUCCUUAAUGAUGUUCUCAUGGCCUACUGUCAAUUGUUUUUACUUUCUAUUAAUAAAGAUACUAUUGAGAUUAUUGUUAUUAUAGGGAAGUGUGUCCUUAAUUGAUUUGUAUGUUUUGUAGUUACCUAGUCAAUUAUUUGAUGCUUUUAUUUUGUGCAAGCUUUCAAUGUCAGAACAGACUAUCAAAGAUUCUGUGCCUUUAUUGAAUCGCAUCCAACAGAAUAAAAACACCCAUUUUGCCUGUUCAAAGACUUUAUGAACAGAACUUCAUUUGACUGAAUGGUCUUAUUGAAUCUUCAAUGUCAAAUUCUGUUUUUGUCAGAUCUUAUUACAACCAUCCUGGAGUCAUUAUAGAACUAGAUAAAUGGAUUUGUGAACAGGUUUUAUGUAAAAUGUCUCUAUCCAGUUAGUUAUUCUUUCAUAGUUUAGCGCCCCCCCCCCCCUCCACCCAUAGUGAAAAAGAAAUAAAAGGAAGAGAGAAAGUCUUUGGUGCAAUCUUCUCAAGUAUUUGAAUGUCAAAAGUCUGGUCACUUUUAGUUG